AUGGCGCAUCCAGAGUGGUGGCCAGGCGAGGACCAUGAAGCCUUCACAAUCUGGGCCCUGGAGAAUGGCGUUGAGGCCCUUGGUGUGACGCCAGCUAGGUUCCCAGGCAGAGGCCUAGGCAUGAUGGCGACUCGAAAGAUCAAGAAAGGAGAAGCCGUGGUUCAAGUCCCCACGAGCGUGAUCCUAACAAUGGAGAAACUCCCUCUCGAGUUUAAGGACCAAUUUCCCGAAGGUACGGCCGUGCAGACAAUUUUGGCCGCGUACUUCACCUGUGGUGACGAUGAAGAGCUGGAGCAGUAUGCGCUUUGGCGCAGAGCCUGGCCAACGCGCCAAGACUUUGAAGAUAGUCUACCGCUACUGUGGCCCAAGGAGCUCGGCGGUCUUUCUUGGCCGGACAGCGACACUGAAAAGGGAGAGGCGAAUGGCCAGACUGAUCUGCCGCAAUUGCUUCCUCCAUGUAUCUCAGGUCAUUGGAGCACAGUUCAGAAAGGAAGUGGGUUCAAGGAGUACGAGAGUGAGCAUCAGAAGCUGCUCCCGGCGCAGCAAAUACGACUGCGGAAAGCGUGGGCAGAUGUCAGUGUAGCAGUUCCGGGGAUUGAUUGGAAGUCAUUUUCGUAUCAUUGGCUUAUAUUGAACACGAGAAGCUUCUACUGGGUCGCUGCGGGUGAGGAGCCUCCCGAGGACCGUAAUGAUGCAAUGGCCAUGUUGCCAUUUGCAGAUUACUUCAACCAUGCAAACAUCGAGUGCGAUGUCAAAUUCGAUGAAGAUGGAUACACCCUCCGGGCAACCGAAGAUUACGAAGAGGGAGACGAAGUGUACAUGAGUUACGGUGGACAUCCCAACGAUCUUCUGUUGGCAGAAUACGGUUUCUUCCUAGAGCACAGCAACGCCGACUGCCUCUACCUGGACGACAUCAUCUUCCGUGACCUUGACAAUAAAGACAAGCAAGAGGAGUUGUGGCUCUAUCAAUACUACGGCAAUUAUCAACUUGUUUCUCAAGGCGUUUGCUACCGCACUGAAGUGGCGGCAGCCCUAGUAUACAUGAGUGAAGAGGAUUGGAGAUCCCAUGUCCUCGAAGGCUCGACCAAGGUAUUAGACGAAAAUAAGUCGGAGACCAUCAUCAAGGGAUGGAUCCAAACGUACGCCGCCGAAGCAGAUGCGGCAAUCGCAUCAUUGCAGCAGGCGAUGAAGUCGCACGCUGUGGUCAAAGCCCAUCGCCAGAAAGGGGAGACUUUGUUGCGACGGUGGACGCAGAUCAAAAGCAUAUGCGAGAGUGGUCUGGCGUCAAUUGAUCUCUAG